AUGAUAACUCCAAAAUUCUCUGUCCGCCAAGACGAUGAUCGAAUUUAUAUUGAUAUCAGAAUUAUUAAUAUUCGCACUGAAAGUAAAUCUAUAGAAUUUAUUGUUGAGGGUGAUUUGUUUAUAUUUGCCUUGAGCCCCUAUUAUUUGCGCCUACGAUUUCCAGGACAACUUCUCAGCGAUGACGACGAAAAAGUUAUUAAUGAUGAAAAACUAAAAUCAACAAUCCAUUAUAAGACAAACGAAUCGAUAAUAGAGAUAUCUAUUUCUAAGGCCCUAAAAGGAGCUUAUUUUGAAGAUUUGGAUUUAGUAACAAAACUUCUAGCAAGAACAGUUAACAUUACGGGACCCAAUAAUGCUGAAGAGGAUAUAGAUGAUAAAACCCGACGCGAAAAAAUAGAGAAUCAAAUUAAAUCUAUUUCUACACCAUUGAUACAAGAAAUAGACUUAAAAGAAAAUCUUACAUCUCAGGACAUCAAUGAUCAUUUUUCUAAGCUUUCAACUGAAGCGGAAACUUUUAACUGGGAAGUGGAACAAACAGAUUCUGGAAGGGUAGAUGAAAGCACAUUCCAUAAGUCUGGGUUAGAAAAUCAAAUUGGAAAAUAUGGGUUUAAUUCUCGAUAUUCUGAUAUUAUAGGAGUUUCUAUUGCUGAUGGGUCAAAUGAUGUUAAUGAUGUUAUUGAUCCAGAAACUUCUACAUCAGAAUCUCGCCAUCAGUCAAGAUUUGAACUAGAAGCAUUAUCCUUUGAUUCUGACUAUUAUUUAUCUGAUAUGUUUGAUGAGCCUCCUGAACUAGAUUUAAUAUUAAAAUGGGAAUCCCCCGCCAAUAUAUCUUUCAAUAAUCUUUCUGAUGUUUCUAAUGCAGCGGCAUUAGAAACAGAAGAAAAUAUUACUUUCUCAACAAAAGAAAUUGAUUACAUGCAGAGAAUAGCUCGAGAAAAGGGAAUUUCAGAGAAUCCUGGCCAAUCAAUUUAUGAAAAUAUUUCUAACCCCAAAAAAAUAUACAUUGGGCUUGUUUGUAUUAUAUUUUCAGUGUGCUACGACGAACGAACUACAAUGGGUGAGCCCACUGUUGAAUCCCCAUGGACUAUUUCAAAAUUAUGUCCAUUAUUUUCAGCUUUAGAUGACCAAUUUGAUACUUUGUUAUCUGCUGUCAUUGCAUGUAUCCGCCGUGCUUUAUGCUUUCCUCUUAUAAGAAAUUGGAAACUUGUUGCUUCUACUGUUUUUCAAAAAGAUGUGUACCAUGUGUUACGUUUAGGCAAACGUCGAAUACUACACAUUUUACUUAAACUCAAAGAAAUUUUGGAAUCUUCUGGGGGAGGUGGCAAUUAUUUUGUAUACUCGAAGAUAUGGGUCGAUGAUUAUAUAGCAUGGAUUCAACUUAACGCAUCUGAUAGCGUAAUUAGGGCCAUGGCUCAUGAACUUCGCAAAUUAAAAUGGGGCACUCAGCAAUCAUUAGAAGAUGAUGAAAUCAAGUCAUUGGUAGGGUUAGAAUUAACAGAAUUGGAAGAAGCAGCUAAAGAAACGCUUCAAGAAAAUGAACAUAAUAUAAGUUAG